AUGAACAACCUGCCUAGGGAAGAAAGAAUGAAGCCGGAAAACAUUAUCCUUGUCGGUGUCAUGCCUGGUCCAAAGGAAGCGAAGAUCGACCAGAUGAACAACUUCUUGGAACCUCUGGUAGACGAGCUGGUAGAGUUAUACGGCGGCAUAACUAUGAAAACUCCAGAGUUCCCCAAUGGUACUAGUAUCCGCGCUGCUCUUAUGUGUGUUGCUUGCGACAUACCUGCUGCAAGAAAGACUGCUGGAUUUACAGGAUUUGCAAGUACAAACGCCUGUCACAUAUGCAAGCGUCAUUUCACUGUUGUUGCUGGAACAAUCUCCCAAACAAAAGAGGAAAAUGCAACCGAAACUGAGAUGUGGUUCUGCGCAGAAUCUGAUGCAGAGAGAGCUGUUUUGGAGAAGCAGCAUGGCACCCGUUUUUCCGAGUUGCAUUGCCUACACUACUUUGAUCCCGUCCGAUGCACGAUUGUUGAUCCCAUGCACAAUUUGUUUCUUGGGACAGCAAAG